AUGGCGGGGGAUGACGAAGUCCACGAGGGUGCCUCCACAAAGGAGCUCCUCAUCGAGGCCUGCCGCCGCAACAACACGGAUCUAUUUCAAGAGAUUGUCGACGGCAUUCCCGACGAGGAACAGCUCUCCAAGAUCCUCAACGAGACGACAACCGUGCUGGGCAACCACCUCUACCAUGAAGCCGCAGCCGGUGGCCACUACGAAAUCAUCGACCUCCUGCUCGACCAACCAAACUUUGAAUGCGACCCCGUCACGCGCAUCGACCGUGACACGCCUCUCCACACCGCCAUCCGCUGGGUCAACGGCCAGCCGCGGGCCAACUGGCCCUUUGGCGCCUCACUCGUCGACAUGAUGCUCGAGGCCGGCUCCUCCCCACGCGUCAGGAACAAAGGCGGCCUCACGCCCUUGCAGCUCGUCGACCCCGCGAACAAGGAGCUUCGCGACCUCAUCCAGAAGCACGAGUACGCCGCCCUCAACGCCGGCGACUUUGUCAACGUCGAGGCCGCGGCGCCCGCGCAGGGCGGAAAGGCUCACCAGCAGCAGCAACACCAGCAGCAGGAGGUUGAGAGUGACGAGGACGCCGAGUUCAGCGGCAGCGACGACGAGGAGAGAGCCGAGUGGGAGCGUCGACGGAAGGAGAGGAGGGCGCGAAGGGGUUAA